ACUGCGACACGACCCAGACUAACAUCAGACUUAUAGGGCGCACAAAAGACUCCCCAUCGUUAGAAAUCUUAUUGCACUCAGUUGAGCAGCAACUCGAGAGAGGAAUGCCUAGUUUACCGCAGCGCGGCGAGGUCACAAUCUGCGAGAUCAAUUGCGAUUUGAUUACCGCCAAAAACCUAUCCGACGAUCGAGCAGAGGAAACCUAUGGAGGAGUACUCGGUUUUGUUUUCAGUCCUUUUCCUUUCCGGACGGACACUGUGCUGCCGUCCGAACAAGAAGUGGAGCUGGAAAGGAGUGACACUACCCCAAGAAGUGUUUUCGUUGCUUUCAAAGAGAUCCUGAGUGACUCGUUCAAACGUAUUUUGUUUCCAAGUGCUUUGAAUUUGUCUGCAGAAGUUAGUUCUGAAAGGGUGAAUUGGCAUCCACAUAAGCACAUAGUAGCUUGCAUAUCCGGAUCCAAUCAAGUUUUGAUUCGUGAUUAUGAUAACUCAGAGAGAAAAGAUCCUUGCAUCUUGGCCAGUGAAGCCCAAAGAGAGAUUAAAUCACUUGAAUGGAGACCCAAUAGUGGGAAGACACUGUGUGUUGCAUGCAAGGGUGGAAUAUGCCUUUGGUCUGAAUCUUACCCAGGAAAUGUUCCUUCUGUGAGAUCCGGGGUAGCCUCAUCAGUUGGUACCGUUUCAUGUGGCUCUGGUAUUCGAUGGAUCUUGGUUGAUUUUCUUCGAAGCCCAACUGGUGAACAUAUUAGUGCAAUUUCUUGCAGUCCCGAUGGAAGAUACUUGGCAUCUGCAUCUCAUGGGAGCUCAUCGUUCACCAUAUGGGAUAUCGCCCAAGGUGCAGGAACACCAGUUCGACGAGGAUUAGGUGCCAUAUCUAUUUUAAAGUGGUCACCAACUGGAGAUUAUCUUCUAACUACUAUGAGUGAUGGAACAUUCUAUAUCUGGGAGACUAAUACAUGGACAUCAGAGCGUUGGUCUUCAACUGGUGGGUAUAUCACGGGUGCUGCUUGGGAUCCUAUAGGGCGCAUGGCAUUGCUUGCAUUAUCAGAAUCUAACACAUUAGGUUCACUACACUUUGCUUCAAGACCUCCAGCAUUAGAUGCACAUCUACUUCCCGUGGAACUGCCAGAAAUUGCAUCCUUGACUGGAAG